AUAAAAAGAGAAGUUAUUGUGAAACAUACUUCAAAUCUAUGCUCGAACUCUUUUCAUCAAAUUUACUGGGGACUACACUUCUUUUGUGGCUUUUACAUUUUGGAUAUGCGUUUGCAUACUACGGAUUUCAAUUAUUGUUAUCUGAGUUGAGCAGUGGACAAAUAGAAUGUGGCUCAAUAACUAUCCAUUCCGAAAAUAUCCAAGAAUCUAGCCACUAUAUCGACGUAUUUAUUAAUAGUUUAGCAGAAGUUCCUGGGCUUAUUGUAGCAGCAAUUCUUGUGGAUCGGUUAGGUCGCAAGCUUACCAUGGAAAUUCUUACCAUUUUAGCUUUCAUCCUUGUUCUACCACUGCUUACGCAUCAAAAUGAGUUGGUUACUACAGCUUCUUUAUUCGGUGCUCGCAUGUUCGUUUUUGCGGCAACUUCAACUUUAACUAUCUACACAAAAGAGGUAUGUUUUAUUGUACCGUUCAAUAUAUUAUCGUUUAUUUAGCCUAGGGAUUCCAUU